AUGCUUAAUUUUUUUUCACAUUUUUCUUCUAUUUGUCGUCCUUAUUCGUCUAUUAUUCGUUCAUAUCGAAUGAGUUCUGAAUUAAAUCUAUUUAUAUUUGAUUUUGAUGAAACAUUAUCAAUUCGUGCAUCAUCUGAUCCUAUUGAAGAACUUGUUCAUGAUAAAAAAAAAUUAAAUCUUAAUGAUAUUAAUGAUCGAUAUGAAAAAUUACAUCAUUGUUGGAAUAUACGAAUGAAUGAAGUACAUGAACGUCUUGCUCAACAAGGUAUUCAAACAGAACAAAUCAUAGAAGCAUUUCGUACAAUUGAAUUAAGUCCUGGUGUAGAUGAUCUUUUUCGUAAUAUCUAUAUGAAAAAUGGUCGAAUUGUAAUAAUGAGUAAUGCUUGUGAUCUUGUUAUAAAAGAAUGUCUUCAAGCUCAAAAUUUAUUUCAAUAUAUUCAUAAAAUUGAAAGUAAUCCUGUACGUCAAAUAUAUCCCAUCAUUAUAAUUGAUGAAUAUGAAAAACCUUUACAAACUACAUGUAAAAUAUGUGAACCAAAUUUAUGUAAAGGUUCAAUUAUUGAUAAAUAUCGAGAUAAAAAUAAAUUUAAUAAAAUAAUUUUUAUUGGUGAUGGUGAUAAUGAUGUUUGUGCAGCAUUACGUUUAAAUAAAAAUGAUAUUGUUUUUGCUAAACAUGAUGAAAAAGAUAAUACUAAAAUUUAUCCAAUGUAUAAUAUAUUAAAAAAUCAAUAUUUUCAUCAAUUAAAAACUGAAUUAUUUAUUUGGAAUACAAUGAAAGAUAUACAAGAAAUAUUAAAAAUGAAAAAUAUUCUUUAA